AUGAACGGAUUCAAAGACCAUGACCUCGACGAAACCAACUUCGGCGAGACCAACGCCCUAAACGCCGUCAAAGCAUUCGACGCUUUCCCCAAAACCAAACCUUCCUAUACCGAACGAACAUCCACUGGUGGCGUGUGGACCGUAAUCCUCAUCUGCGCUUCCCUGGCUCUCGCCUGGAGCGAGUUGACAAGAUGGUGGAAGGGCGAGACAACACAUAGUUUUGCCGUGGAGCAAGGCGUCGGCCACGAUUUACAAAUCAACCUGGACGUCGUCGUGGCGAUGAAGUGCGAAGACAUACACGUCAACGUACAGGAUUCCUCCGGGGAUCGCAUCAUGGCGGGACAAGCUCUGGGGAAAGAUGCCACGACUUGGACGCAGUGGGGUGCGAACCGGAAAGCGCAUGCAUUGGGGGCUACGAAGGAGGAACGGCUGGAUUUGAGUGGCUAUCCCGGGUUUGGGGAGUAUCGGGAGGAGGAUGUACACGAUUAUCUGGGGGCGGCGCAGACGGGAAGGAAGAAGUUUAAGAAGACGCCGAAGGUGCCGACGGGCCAGCAGGCGGAUAGUUGUAGGGUCUUUGGGAGUAUGCACGGGAAUAAGGUACAAGGGGAUUUCCACAUCACAGCGCGGGGACAUGGGUAUAUGGAAUUCGGAGCGCAUUUGGAUCACAAUGGUAAGUUCCCAACAUCAUCAUCAUCAUCAUCACAGACACAUCGCGGUCUUCGCGGUGCAGGAAGGAUCGAUACUGAACGCUUGCACAGCUUUCAACUUCUCCCACCACAUCAACGAGCUCUCCUUCGGACCAUUCUACCCAUCCCUCACCAACCCCCUGGACAACACCUACGCCACCACGGACGCCCACUUCUACAAAUUCCAAUACUACCUCUCCGUCGUGCCCACCAUCUACACCACGGAUACCAACUCCCUGCGCCGCAUCGACAAAUACCACGAAUCCCCCUCCAGCGGCGAAGACGGCCUCAAACACUCCCCCUACCGCCACAGCACGCACACCGUCUUCACGAACCAAUACGCCGUGACCGAGCAGAGCCACGCCGUCCCCGAAAACGCCGUCCCGGGCGUGUUUGUGAAGUUCGACAUUGAGCCGAUUCAACUGACGAUCGCGGAGGAAUGGAAUUCGUUUCCGGCGCUUUUCAUUCGGUUGGUGAAUGUCGUGAGCGGAUUGUUGGUGGCUGGAGGCUGGUGUUUUCAGAUUUCCGAGUGGGCCAAGGACGUGUAUGGGAGGAGGCGGAGGAGGGAGGAUGGGAUUGGGAUGUUGAAUGGAGGGCUUCAAGAUGAGAAGAGGGGGUUAUAG